AAACACUCCCUAAUCGUCCAACUAAACCAACACAUGGAAUGGAACCCGCAUGACUUUCCUAACAAGUCAACCAAAAGGAAAUAAAAAAAAAACAAAAACAGACGUUAAUUCCUGGAAAGGAUUCUAGACCGUCCGAUCAAAUAUAAAGUGACCCCACAUCAAGGUACGAUCCAGAUCGUUUCUUUCAGGUGCACCGUAUUACAACUCAUUCCUUCCCUCGCCUCCUUGUCUAUAAAAAGGGAAGCAUCCUCGUGAUUCUCUCCCCACAUUUUUGUCGUGUUAAUUUCCGUUUCGACUCUCUCUCCCACCCAUCUUCGUUGGAGAAGACGAUCGCUGAAGGCAUCGGAGGGAUCAGGUGGUGUAAAUCUGGGGUUGAAUUUCUUGAAAUUAGUAAUAUUAGGGUUUCGAUCAUGUCGGACGCUUACUGCUCGGACUGCAAGAAGUCUACGGAGGUAGUGUUCGACCACUCGGCGGGUGACACCGUUUGCUCUGAGUGUGGUCUGGUUCUGGAAUCACACUCCAUUGACGAGACCUCUGAGUGGCGUACCUUCGCCAACGAGUCGGCAGACAACGAUCCAGUCCGUGUCGGUGGACCUACCAACCCUCUUCUCGCCGAUAGCGGUCUCUCCACCGUCAUCGCCAAGCCCAAAGGUUCCUCCGGCGAUUUCUUGACGUCUUCGCUCGGUCGGUGGCAGAACCGGGGUUCGAAUCCGGACCGCGGUUUGAUCAUCGCUUUCAAAACCAUCGCCACCAUGUCGGAUAGGUUGGGCCUUGUUGCAACCAUCAAGGACCGGGCUAAUGAGAUAUUUAAGAGGGUGGAGGAUCAAAAGUCAAGCAGAGGAAGAAACCAGGACGCGCUUUUGGCUGCUUGCCUCUAUAUUGCCUGUCGUCAAGAGGACAAGCCCCGGACUGUUAAGGAAAUUUGCUCUGUUGCCAAUGGAGCCACAAAGAAGGAAAUUGGCCGAGCAAAAGAAUACAUAGUUAAAACCUUGGGGCUGGAAACUGGUCAGUCCGUGGAAAUGGGCACUAUACAUGCUGGAGACUUUAUGCGGCGGUUUUGCUCCAACCUUGGUACAAAUAACCAAGCAGUUAAAGCUGCCCAGGAAGCUGUUAAAAAAUCCGAGGAGUUUGAUAUAAGGAGGAGCCCUAUAUCAAUAGCGGCGGCAGUUAUUUACAUAAUAACUCAACUUUCAGAUGACAAGAAGCCGCUCAAAGAUAUUUCACUGGCUACUGGAGUGGCCGAAGGGACGAUAAGAAAUUCGUACAAGGACUUGUACCCGCAUCUUCCCAAGAUAAUACCGAGCUGGUACGCCAAGGAAGAGGAUCUUAAAAGCCUUUCCAGUCCUUAGGCAAAAUAUUGCAGUUGGAAGUUCUGUUCGCAGGUUUUUUCUUAUUCUUUUCGCAUGCAACAGUAGUGACUAUUGAGAAUGGUAGGAUCGGAUUCAUGGAGGCUUUCAUCACCCUUUUUUUUCUUUGUAAUCACAAAACAUUCUUGUAAACUGCACAUGGAGUUGUAUUUUUAUUUUUUCCGGCAAAUGUAUCUUUCACGCAGGAGUUGCGAAAUUGUUCCGCUUGGAACCUGUAAUGGUAAGAGAUUGCAAUAUGUAACAAAAGUCAUAACAUUUAUUUUUA